AUGUUACGAACUAAAUAUAAUUAUUUAUCAAUACUAUUUGCUAUUUUAUUCUUUUUUCUUAUACCAUUAAUAAAUAGUUGUAAUAUAUGGAAAGCAUCUGAAUGUCCACAACCACCAACAGCUGAUGAUGAAGACAUAUUUAAAUAUGAUUUGUAUACACGUGAACAACUUUUUCAAUUUUGUGAUCAAGGAAAAAAAUAUGCCGAAUGUGUUAAUAAACAACUUCAUUGUUGUGAUUUAAAAAGUGAACAUACAGGUGCAUUAGCUGCUUUCGAAGUUGGUCUUCAGCAAAAUGGUUGGCGAUUAGGUAGAUACUGUGCUGGUCUUGGUGCUACGACAAUUAUUCAAUAUAAAUGUAAAACAACAAGUCUAUCACCAGCUAAAACAACGACAACAACAACAUCAACACCCUCCACAAUGGCACCAUGUGAAGUCGAAGAAGCUGGAAAAGAAUGCAAUGAUAUAUUAGAAGAACGACUUAAAUUUGAAGUUGGUUGGUCUGUACAAGAAAAAAUUCAAUGGUGUAAAUUAGUAACAGAUUAUAUUCAAUGUGCUGGUAAACAUAUAACAAAUUGUUCAAUAAGUGAAGUUCGUGAUGAUGUUGAGCAACUUUCAAAUUUUAUGGAAUAUAUUAUGAAACAAGCUAAUUUACAUUGUCAUGGUGGUUUUUAUGGUUGUGAAAAUGCGAUUACUGAUGUACGUUGUCGUUUAACUGCAAAACAAUUUUAUAAUGGUGAAGCACUUUAUUCAGCAUCAAAAUCAUUAAUCAUUGAAUGGUACUUAUUUUUAUCUGUUGCUUUAAUAUGUUGUUGGUGGAAUAAAUAA